UUGUAAAACCCUAAAAACCCCAACCCCCAUUUGUGUAAAUCUGUGAGACGGUGAGACACUGAGAAGCAAACGGAAAAACGAUGAUGGCUUCAUGGACAAACCCGAACGACCUAAUCUCGACGACGUCGUCCUCAAUUGCCGCAGCAUUUCACCACCAUAAGGCACUGCCUUCCCUCGGAACAUGCAUUCCUCUGAGCGGCAAGAGAAGUAGCCCAUGGAAGCGUUACCGUUUUGGGGUCGUGAGCUGUUCCUUUGCGCCCACGGAAUCGGCCAAGAUUAAGGUCGUUGGGGUCGGCGGAGGUGGCAACAAUGCCGUUAAUCGCAUGAUUGGCAGCGGUUUACAUGGUGUUGAUUUCUACGCCAUAAACACGGAUGCUCAGGCGCUCUUGCAGUCUGCUGCUGAGUACCCGCUUCAAAUUGGGGAGCUUUUGACUCGUGGACUAGGUACCGGUGGGAAUCCGCUUUUGGGGGAGCAAGCGGCUGAGGAAUCAAAAGAGGCUAUUUCAAAUGCUCUAAAGGGCUCAGAUCUUGUCUUUGUAACAGCUGGGAUGGGUGGAGGAACUGGGUCCGGUGCUGCCCCCAUUGUUGCACAGAUAUCCAAGGAGGCGGGUUAUUUGACUGUUGGUGUGGUUACCUACCCUUUCAGCUUUGAAGGGCGUAAAAGAUCUUUGCAGGCAUUCGAGGCCAUUGAAAAGUUGCAGAAAAAUGUUGACACUCUAAUAGUGAUACCAAACGAUCGCCUCCUUGAUAUUGCUGAUGAGCAGACACCCCUACAAGAUGCUUUCCUUCUUGCUGAUGAUGUUUUACGUCAGGGAGUGCAAGGAAUUUCUGACAUAAUUACAAUACCCGGACUGGUGAAUGUGGAUUUUGCAGAUGUAAAGGCAGUCAUGAAAAACUCAGGAACUGCAAUGCUCGGAGUAGGUGUUUCCUCCAGCAAAAACCGUGCAGAAGAAGCAGCUGAACAGGCGACUUUGGCUCCUCUGAUUGGAUCUUCAAUUCAAUCAGCUACUGGCGUUGUGUAUAAUAUCACAGGUGGAAAGGACAUAACCCUGCAGGAAGUCAACAGAGUGUCUCAGGUCGUGACGAGUUUGGCAGAUCCUUCUGCUAACAUAAUAUUUGGGGCUGUUGUGGAUGAUCGCUACAACGGAGAGCUUCAUGUGACUAUUAUUGCAACAGGCUUUUCGCAGUCAUUUCAGAAGACACUACUAACAGACCCCAAGGCAGCAAAGCUGCUUGACAAGGUUGCAGGGGGUCAAGAAAGCAGAGGGAUUCCCCUUCCCCUAAAGUCCUCAUCCUCACCCUCCACCAUUUCAUCAAAACCGUCUCCGAGAAAGCUUUUCUUUUAAUUCAGUUUGUAUUUUUCUCAGUCUCUUGUGCAUUUUGCCAUGUAAUGAUACUGAAGCUCCUAUCUAUGAGAUUUCAUGUCACUUUUUUCAGUCAAAUCCUUUUAUCUA